AAACUUGGAGAGAAAAAAAGUGGAUCCUCUUCUUGACGGAUACUCUUUCGUGACAAAGUUGAAGCUGCUCAGAGGAUUUAUUGACGAGUUUAAAGUACUAAAACUUAAAAAAUAAUAGACAUGGCACUCACUGACGCUGACGUUCAAAAGCAGAUCAAGCACAUGAUGGCCUUCAUUGAGCAAGAAGCCAAUGAGAAAGUUGAGGAAAUCGAUGCAAAGGCAGAGGAAGAAUUCAACAUUGAGAAAGGUCGUCUGGUGCAGACUCAGAGAGUGAAAAUCAUGGAUUAUUUCGAGAAGAAAGAAAAGCAGAUAGAGCAGCAUAAGAAAAUCCAGAUGUCUAACCUGAAGAACCAAGGGAGGCUGAAGGUGCUGAAGGCUCGAGACGACAUGGUCAUGGAUCUGCUAAAUGAGGCUUGUCAAAGACUUUCGGAGAUCGCCAAGGAUCCUAAUAGGUACUCCAAACUGAUGGAGGGCCUGGUGCUUCAGGGAUUUUACAAACUGCUUGAGUCUCAAGUAACCAUCCGCUGCCGACAGCAAGAUGUAGAAAUGGUUCAGGCUGCAGUUAAUAAGAACAUUCCCAUCUACCAAGAGGCAGUGAAGAUCAAAAUAACUGUCAAAAUUGACCCGGAUCGUUUUCUUCCAUCUAACAUCUGUGGAGGAAUUGAAAUGUAUAACGAUAAUGGAAAGAUCAAGGUUUCCAACACUUUGGAGAGCAGGCUUGAACUUAUGGCACAGCAGAUGAUGCCUGAAAUCAGAAUGACAUUAUUUGGUGCCAACCCUAACCGUAAGUUCCAGGAUUAACGUUUAAACAGAACACUGCGGACACUGUUACAGAAGAUGAGAGCCUCUAGAGCCACAUAAGAAUUUUCAGAGUCCUUUAAAAGGGCUGUUUUUGUUUAUUGUUAUAAACUGAUGGACUGAUUAAAAACUCAGCAAGUGCUCUUUUACGUCUGAAUAACUGUCUUCUUACUGACCUCCCUAAUGGAAAACUGCUUUAUACUGCAGCAGCAAUGAAAAUAUUUGCUCUAAACUCUUAAAAUGGAAAAAGCUGCAUACCAAAGAUGUCUUUGCAUUACUGUUUUUUUGUUGUUGUAAAC